CUGAGCAUGUUAUCGUCAAUUCUACAAAAUAUGUGUCCAGUACAUAGUGCUUUUGGCCGCCUUUCUUGUACCAGCCCAUUCGUCCCGUUUGUCCGACUCGCAGUCGCCAUUAGGGACGCGUUAUAGAUGAAUUUUGAUGGCGGGCGUGAGGUCAACGCGGACAGGGUGAAGACCGAGGCUCCGGGGAUGGAUGAGGCCGCGCCCGGCGAGCCGCACCUCGCGCAAGCAGGGCAUCAGCAGUCCCAUUCCCAUUCCCAUUCCCAGCAAGCUGGACAACUGGUUGAAGGGCGCCCUUCACAAUUGGGUUUCCAGCAUGACAGGCCCGCUGAACCAACCGCUACGGAUGGCGUCGCCGGGUCCUCUGAUGCAGCAGCACCGCUGCCAGCCACGUUCCCCAAGAAGCGCCGCGGCCGACCUCCGGGCCGCCCAAACACUACGGUCCGUGAGGAAGAUUACGCCAACAAUCCGCUCGUCCAGGCAUGGAAUGCAUUCAAAGGCGAGCGAGCUGUGCCGGUUGUUCCCGUUCGCAUCCGCGAGGCCUUAACUCCGCAAUCUCUUGUCCAUGAAACGCAGAAGGCCAUCUACCAGCUGCCCUGCCGCGAGACCAUUUAUUUCGUGCAAGGCUGGAUCACUGCCCGGCAUGUUGCCUCACAGCGGCCGAGCUACAUCAACGGACUGCUAAUCCACUCCCGAGGCCAGGACUCCGCCAUAUCGUGCGUCCAGUGCGUAGAGCGCAGCGCAAAAAACGCCCUGGGUCCCUUCCUCACCUGCCGCGUCUUACCGGGACAAUUCCACAAUAGCUGCUCAAACUGCAAGUGGUUUGACAACACUUCGUUGUGCUCGCUCUACACUGGGCCCAAACCAAAUCGAAAGCGUAAGGCGAAGGAGCAGCUUCCUGAGCCUCCGCCUCUUGCGAGUGUCAGCGAAGACGCCGCCAACAGCAACGAUAUUGCCAUUGACCCAGCACUUGGAGCAAGCGGAGAGCAAAUCCUCUCACGGCCGCAAGCACAAGGAGCACCACAGCCGAUACCAAAAACAGAAAAAACUCCGCAGCGGCAAACCAAGCCGGAAAUGAUGCCGGUUCAAAACGGACAACUGGGCCAGCAAGAUGGCGAGGGGCCACAGACGCAACAAUCAGACCCAACACCUACCGCAGGCACAGCCCACCACGACCCGUCCGCCCCAUCCCAAUCCUCGACCGAAAAUAUUUCUGAACUCGCCGAAGCCCGGAGCCAGGGUGAAUCGUUUUCAAUAGCUCAAUUUGCUAUGCCCAAACUUGGGAGAGACGAAGACGCGCAGGUGGCACACGAGGAAUCAGACUUCGUAGACGCGCAGAUAGCUGCUCAGCUGCUGCCCGAGAUCCAUCGCCAGGACUCGGAGGAGGCAUGAAUCGCAUGAUGAGCUAGGUAUGAUCAGUCGGUUGAGUAUACUAGGAGUACGGGCUGCCAGGCUACGCCUAAGUAAAGCCGUCUGUUUCUUUUCGGCAUGCAAUCAAUGUACAAUUAGCAUUAAUACCCUGUCUUGUUUCCAAGGAGAAUCAAAAAAAUCACACUCAGUUAUAGAGAGAAUCCAAGCCAUAGAUUUAUUU